AUGCAGCCACCACUGGAGAAUGAGUCCAGUGUCUUAGUAUUUACACUCUCUGGUCUGAAUGAAACAAUGGAAAACAGACUUGUGUUUUUAUCUUUCACUGCAAUGUUUUAUCCCCUCAUGGUGUUUUGCAAUGUAACUGUAAUUUUCACCAUCAUUCUACAUAAGAAGCUUCAUGAGCCGAUGUAUGUGUUUAUAUGUAAUCUGUGUGUAAAUGGACUUUUUGGCACUUCUGGAUUCUACCCUAAAUUCAUGUAUGAUCUAUUAGCACACGAUCAUGUGAUUUCUUAUGCUGGAUGUCUGAUUCAGAUAUUUGUCAUUUAUUCAUCUGCUUUGUGUGACUUCUCAACAUUAACAGUGAUGGCAUAUGACAGGUAUUUGGCAAUAUGUAGACCACUUGAGUAUCAUUCAAUAAUGACCAAUCAGAUGGUUUUUAAAUGUAUCAUUUUCUGCUGGCUAGCUCCAUUUGUUUGCAUGUCUAUUCUAAUUCUUUUAAUAUCUAGACUCACCUUAUGUGGUGCUACUAUUGAAAAGUUAUUCUGUGAGAUUUGGGCAGUUGCAAAACUUUCUUGUUUUUCUACAACUUUAAAUAAUGUGUUUGGGUACAUUGUUAUUCUUACAUAUUUUGGACAUGCAGUAUUCAUAUUUUGCUCAUACAUUCACUUGAUUAGAAAGUGUAUAAAGUCAAUAGAGGGCAGGCACAAAUUCAUGCAAACAUGUGUGCCACAUCUGCUUUCAUUGCUCAAUGUGACUGUUGCUUUGCUGUUUGAUGUACUGUACAGUCGUUAUGGCUCAAAGAAUGUGCCUCAAGGUGUGCGUAAUUUCAUGGCCCUGGAAUUCCUACUUGUACCUCCUAUUUUAAAUCCACUUAUUUAUGGACUAAAUCUGACAAUAAUACGCCAGCAAGUUAUAAGAAUGUUUUUCAAGAAACAAGUGGGAAUAUCAUAG